AUGACCUUAUCAGACUCAACCCCCAUCAGGCGCACUCCUUUGCUCCUGCUUAAAACAUACAUUCGAUCGCAAGACGCUGCGUUUCACCGGGACUACCUCCCACCUGGAUACCCUCAGAGCCUUGAUGCUUGUCUUACAGUGGUUGAAAAAAUGCGCAGACUUAUGAAAAGUGAAAAGGGCCUUCUACGCACUCUACUCCUCUACAACAUCAAGGAAAUGAAUCACCGGCCUAUCGACGGCGCUUUUCCAAGCUUGGAUGCCCUGGUUGUUGUGAUCGAUCACAAUAUGGCCUCGCGCAAACAGUUGAGAGCCGUAGACGAGAUACAACGAAGUUAUCCUGACAAUGUCAAGACACGCCUGGCUUUUUUGCGCCUCUAUACCGUUGUACACCUCAUUCAUCGAGACCCCACACAGAACAUAUCGCAGUGGGAGAUGAUUGACCAACAAAUUGAAUAUGUCAAGAAACAAAGCGAUCUUUACCGUAUUGCGUAUGGUCGGGUAGUCCGAGCAAUUGACCACGAGCUUUUUGGCCAGAAGAAGAAUUUUGAUUGCAUCAACCAUGAAGAGAUCCGAGUUCCCAGUGAGGAAGAUGUAGAGGAAGAAAUCCGCCGCAUGUCUACUGGGGACCGAAGUGAAGGCCAAUCCAACCCUUUUGGUUGA